UGAGAAAUUCACUAGCAGCUUCAAUCAUUUAGGCAAGGCAGAAAGAAAUGCUGUAGUUAUAAGCAAAGAGUUAACUUUCUGGCAAAUACACUGAAGAACACGUAGCAAAACAAGAGAGAAUAUUUACAGUACAAACAGAAGAGAUCGCUCUAGUUCUGCAAGGAAAGUUCCAAGGGAAGAAAAAAUAUAUAUCUGUACUACAGAUGCCACAAAGUAACAAAUGUCCUGUUGCUUUAAGAAGACUUGGCAGUGUACAACCCACACAAGAGCAGAGCAGGAAGUGAUAAACUAUGCUGAGUUCCUAAAGAGUUAAUGCCUCCUCCAGGCGGCUGCAGUGAGUGCGAGGGCUCGCUCUACAUGGACGACGUGAACGUCUUCUGCGCUGAUCGGCGUUCGGUGACUGCAGCGUGGCAGUGCUGGUAGGUCUCUCCAUAGGGAUCGGUCAGUGACAGCUCCGCAGCUGCGCCCCCUCUGGUGCCUGCUCACUCCCUGGCAUUUCCUCUGAGCUCAUAGACAAGAUGAGCAGGCAGCCUCCCACUAUUCCCUCCUCGGAAGAGGAAGUUUCUUCUGUAUAACGGUCAGAUCUAAAGAAGCCGGGAAAAGACUGCAGGAAUCUGGACUCUGUGGGUGAUCUGCUGCCCCGCUGCCACCCUUGCCCUUCAGCCAUAGCAGAUGAUGGGAUGACACCAGUUCCUCCACAGCAGGAUGACAGUGUAUUCUCUCAAUCUUAAAGUUUUCUGGCUGCUGGUGAUCAUCUUGUUCACAGGCAUCUGGUGCAUGUUCGUUGCUCUUAGAAGAAACAGUCAGGAGGAGGAGGAUGGGGGUUGUCAGGACUCUCUCAGCAGCUUACAACUUUUCUUCAAGUUGGGCUUGGUGAUCCUGGUGUGUUAUGUGGUCUUCAGAUGCUGCAACUACCCUCAACAGAGGGACCACCAGCUCAAUUUCCACCAUCAGCACCAGCAGCAGCUCAGGAGGAAUCUGCUGGAAUCCUUCUAUGAACAGCACAUCAAGCUUUCUCCACAUGUUCUUGGCCACAGCAAAGCCCAUGUCAGCCAGAUAGUUGGCGAGCUCAUCAAAGUGGGCAAAGCCAAGCAACAUGAUACUGGCGUCAUCUUCCGUGGGGACUAUCUACAGAUUGGAAGUGCCUAUGAGCAACAUAAGAUCAACAGCCCGGACUGCUUUGAUAUUCUGGUGCCACUUAAAAUGCCGCAGAGUCUGAAGCUGGAGCCUGUUUUCUCAGAGGUUGGUAAAGCGCUCGUGCCCAUGCUUCAUGGAUCUAUAAUAUGUGGGGUAGCGGCUCCUAAAAAGUCUGAGUGGGUUAAAACAUAUAAGCAGUUUAGUGAUUGUUUCACCAUGGAGGUAGACCUCAAGCACCAGCUUUCUGCCACCCUGAUCCUCAAGUGGUUCCAUUGGAAGAUACAAAGAUGUCUCAAUGUGAUCAGGUAUCAGUUUGAGGAGAGGUGCCAUAUUACACUUACUGUAUGGGAUGAAAAACUGAUUCUGAAAAUUCUCCCGAGGUCGGAUUAUGUCUGCUGUCACAUCUCCAUGUCUGUCAGACUUAUUCCUGCCUUUCAUCUGGGAGACGCAGUGUAUGUGACCGCACAACCUUGGGGCAGCAUAUCCCACCAGGACAAUCUAAAUCUGGAUCCUUACUGGGGGAUAAACUUUUCUAAAUAUGAGCAGAAGUACUUGGCCUGGUUCAAGGGUCAAGCCCCUUCUAACUCAUGUCACCUGAAGUGCCUACAGAUUAUGAAGAGCUUGAGGGACCUGGGUGCCAAGACCUUCCAGCCGGCCUUCACAUGCCAGUGGAGAGCCAUCUUCUGCUCCUACAACUUGAAGACAACACUUUUCUACCUAUUGCUUCAAAUUUCUUUUGAAAAGUGGGAAGACUCAUUUCUCAUGGAGAGGAUAGCUGACUUCUUCACAUUCUGGAAGGAAUGUUUGCAAAAGGAGGCACUCAUGCAUUUCUUCAUAGGUAACAGCACCCUUCCGAACUUCAUCACCCUGCCAAAAAUGUUCAAGGAAGCGCAGCCUGUAAAUCUGCUGGAGGGUUACGGGCCGGAGUUGUUGGACCAGGCCUGUUUCCAGCUACUUAACUUGUGGGUUCAAAUGCCUCGGAUCCUACGGAUGAGUUCUCCUCCGAGGAACUUUAUCAGGGAAUCUAUAAGGUGCAAACACACAAUGCUCUGAUUGAUAUAUUAUUACAAAUCCUUUAUUGCAGCAUUAUGACAUUGGGAAUAUUAUCAAGGUUAAACAUUCAACGUUUGGCAGGUUCUAUGCAAUGCAGGAAAUCCAUUGGAUUUAGUUAAUUCCAUGUGCAGACCUGUUCUAUUAGGUCAUUAUGCUUCAUGCCAAAGAGACUAAUGCCAUUGUUUGCACACUUUUGUAAUACUUUGUAUAUUGGUUUUUCACCUCUACGAUUUUUUUUUAUUGUUGUGUUACCCUUUCAGUAUUAUUACAACAAAUGACCAAGCUGGAGGGAGCUUUCAGGGUACUUUGUUUGCCUUGAAUAUAUUUUAUUUAUCUAUAGCAGCUAGCUUUGUGAUGUGUGUAUAUGUACGCACUUAUUGUUGAGUCAUCUUGAAGUUAUAGCUGGAGUCCGAGAAUGUUCCCUUUGUUCUUAACUACAUUGGUUUCCUAAAGCUGAUUUUUGGAGACUCUGUGGCUGCAAGGGGGAUUAUGUAGUUUGUGAUGCAAGUGGCAGAUAGGUUAAAGGGUAACAGACAGGUUUGUUAGGUUGCGUUUUCCGUAAAUGCUUUGAUGACAGAAUCGUUUCUGACAUUACGGACCCUUUAGUAUGGCGUUUAGUAAGUUUGUUAAAUUUUAAUUGAUCCAGAGAAAUACAGAGGGACAACAGACGCAAAAGCUGCAUGAUUUCGAUGACCCUCUGAUCUUGCUGUUGUGUUUCACAAAAGGGGGUGUCUACAGUGACCAAUAUCUUUUAUUAGCAAAGAUACCUAAAAAAAAAAUAAAAAUAGCUGGUCAGGGACUGCUGGGACCUCCAAUGAUCAGCUGUGGUCACACGGAGGAAUUUCCAAGGAGAAUUCUGCUGAAAUAUUCUGUUUGGAAGUUCCGCUGCAGCAGAGUCCCAUUGAUUUCAAUACAAUUCUGCUGCACUGUGCCCACUGCGGAAAUCCCGAUUCUGGUGUCUUAGAAGCAAUGAACCUGUUCAAUGAUUCUGAGAAUUCCGCUCAUAAAUGUAUUACCGUUUAUUGAGAUGGCGCAUUUCUGAGCGGUCCUAGUGUGUUUUCCAGGUGGACAUUCUGCACAUUUUACGCCGUGUGAACAUAGCCUUAGAUCUUCAAUUCCUCUGCAUGGAUUGGGCCACUCCAAGGUGCUUUUUCAUUCAUGGACAAUACAAAUGUAUGGUUGCUUGACCCAUCACUCACGAACAAUAGAUUGACACAGUGUGCAGUAUCCAGCCAAGUCUGCUCAGGAUAGGCUUUCAAUAUAGGCUUUCGGCACCCUUGCCGGUCAGUUGUUUGAAGAGACCAAGGCCUUCUAAGCUGGGCUGGUUCAUUUUUGCAAACACUGCACUAUAUGUAGCAGCAUGGCAUGGUGUUGCACUAUUAUCCCAUCACUUGAAUGGGGCAGUGCCAUACCUUGCACAGAUGCUGUAAGGCUAGGUUCACACUACCGAAUCUCCGGAGAAAGUUUCAGAAAGUUCCCGCCAGGAAAGUUUCCGCCAGAAAGUUUCCGCCCGGAGAUUCUGAGUGCGGCCGGUGUCGGCUGAAUCAGUCGGCGCUAGGACCGCGCAGACACUGCAGUCUCCAAUAGACUGCAAUGUGUUCCGCGAGUAUUUCCGCCUGAAGAAUGAACAACGCCAGUCUUCAGGCGGAAAUUUCCAAGCGGAUUUUCCGUUCACAAAUUCCGCUUCACAAAUUCCGAAGUGUGAAUUUAUGAACGGAAACCGAUUCACUACACUAUACAUUUUAGUAAGCGGAAUUUCUGCCGGCAAUUUCAAAGCAGAAUUGCAGGCGGAGAUUCCGUAGUGUGAACCUAGCCUUAUAGUAUAGUUUUCACAAGCAUAACCAGCCUGCAGCUGUGGCAAACACUAAAAUAGCUGUAUCGCUUGCAUCUUGGCCUCCUCUGACUGAAUGGCAGUGGUGCUAGGAAGAACCGCGAAGACUGUUUUAGCACUGCGGCCCCUUCGUUCUCAGAUUCAGGGGUCGGAUUCCUACCAAUCACAAAGCAGUGGCAUUUGCUAACAAUUUGCCAUCACUUUAUGACAUGGGAAAAUGCCUUGAAUAUUUUUUGCCGCAUCUGGAAACUUUCAAAAGUGAAAGAAAGAAGAUUUUCCCCCUGCACUAGAGACUGCGCUAUGCAGAAUUGCUAUAUUGUUGUAGAACAGUGUUUUCCAAACAGUGUGUCUCCAGCUGUUGCAAAACUACAACUCCCAGCAUGCAGUAUUCUACAACAAUAUCCUACAACAGU